UCUUCACGUACUACAAUCUAGCUGUUCCCAAAACCCUAGCAACCUUUCUGCCCCAUGGCUUUCACUUCCAUUCUCCGGAAAACAGCUAACUCCUUAGCACCACUCGCUAUUCGACUCACCCGAGUCCAGAGAAAUUACCACUCUUGCAUCUUCACGGCCUUGAACCAUGGAUUCCAGCCUCAGCAACCUACUGUGAACCGUUUUUACCCAAACACCCUACAUUUCUCAACGGCUGUUGAUUCUCAAAAAUCCGCUUCUGAUGAGUCUCUUCUCCGAGUUAUUGAGUCUGAGAUUCAGUGUGCCGAGGAGAGUGAUGAAUAUGAUCAGGCUGAAGGAACUCCAAGUGAAUUCCCUUUCAAAAUCGAAGACACUCCUGGGCUUCAAACCAUAACAUUAACACGAGAGUAUGAUGGUGAACUCGUCAAAGUUAAUGUUCACAUGCCUGAUCUUGUCACUGGUGAAGGCGAAGCGGAUGAUGACAAUGAUGAUGACACUGAAAAGCCUAGUAAAUCAAAUGUCCCAUUGGUUGUUAAUGUCUCAAAAAAAGAUGGUCCGAGUUUAGAGUUCAACUGUACCGCUUACCCUGAUGAGAUUACCAUAGAUAGUUUGUCCGUUCGAAAUCCCAACUCCGAGGAUGAACUCGCCUAUGAAGGCCCAGAUUUCUAUGAUUUGGAUGAGAACCUGCAGAAGGCUUUUCACAAGUAUUUGGAGAUCCGAGGAAUCAAACCGAGCACCACAAAUUACUUGCACGAGUACAUGAUUAAUAAGGAUGGCCGGGAGUAUAUUCUGUGGUUGAAGAACCUCAAGAAGUUCAUUGAAGAAUGAAUAGUUUUACCUAUUUUUGAAGAGAUUAGGUCGUCUUUUUGGGUUAGAAUUCGGUCCAUUUCCGGUACACAUUCUUCAUUAUCAUUCACAUGGUGAAGAAUCCAUCCAUUAAAUUAUAUUUGUGAGUGAAUAGUGAAAAUAUGUAUUGGAGGGUUGGGAGGGAAGAUCUAAAAAAUAAACUAUAGACUUGUUUUUAUUUGAUUUUUAGCCAUCUCAAAGUCAUUGGUAUCAUUUAUGUGAUUUAAACAUAUUCACCCCAUCAGGAAAAAGAUUUUAUCAACAAAAGUAGAGUUCAGAGAA